AUGUAUCUGAAAAUAAUAGCCGCAUUCGAACCUUUAGUUUAUGUGAACCGAGAAUCAUCAGGAGAUUGGUUAGGAGCUGAAGAUGCGCCCCUCAGCGGUUUCUCAUGGCGCGGGGGCUCCGAAAGAGACACUACAGGGAUCUUGAUGUGGUCCGAACCAUUUUUGCAUGAAUCGGCCAAUGGACAAAAACUAGCUGUACUACUUCUGGAUACCCAGGGGACCUUCGACAGUGAGAGCACAGUCAAAGACUGCGCCACCGUAUUUGCUUUGAGCACAAUGUUGAGUUCUGUACAGAUAUACAAUUUAACACAAAAUAUACAAGAAGAUGAUUUGCAACAUUUGCACCUUUUCACGGAAUAUGGCAGAUUGGCAUUGGCUGAUUCGGGACAGAAGCCCUUCCAGAGAUUGCAAUUCCUGGUUCGGGACUGGAGUUUUCCCUACGAGGAACAAUAUGGUGCUGUGGGUGGACAGAAUUUGCUACAGAGGCGGAUGAAAAUAUCAGAAAGACAGCACCCAGAACUACAAUCUCUACGCAAGCAUAUAGCUUCCUGCUUCACUGAAGUGGCCUGUUUUCUGAUGCCUCAUCCUGGUUUAACUGUGGCCACAAAUCCGAAUUUUGAUGGUCGACUUACAGAUAUAACGCCCGAAUUUAAAGACUCUCUAAAAGUAUUCAUACCGAUGCUAUUGGCUCCCGAAAACUUAAUUGCAAAACGUAUAAAUGGCGUACCAGUCAAAUGUAGAGAUCUGGUGCAGUAUUUCAAAGCAUAUAUGUCAAUUUAUAAAGGAAAUGAGCUUCCCGAGCCUAAGAGCAUGCUUGUGGCUACUGCGGAAGCGAAUAAUCUAUCAGCUGUAGCUGAGGCUAAAGACAUGUACACACAAUUAAUGGAAGACAUCUGUGGAGGCAGCAAACCAUAUUUAAGUACUGCACAUUUGGAAUCUGAGCAUUUGAGAAUAAGAGAUAAAGCAGUUGGUACAUUCAUACAAAAAAGGAAAAUGGGUGGCUCUGCCUUCUCAGAAAACUAUAGAAUUAAAUUGGAAGCGGAUUUGGAUGAAGCAUUUGAACAAUUCAAAGGACAUAAUGAUAGCAAAAAUAUUUUUAAGGCGACUAGAACACCUGCAGUAUUUUUUGCACUGCUCAUUCUUAUGUACGUUCUAAGUGGAGUUUUUGGAUUGGUUGGUUUGUAUGCAAUUUCCAAUAUCUGCAAUUUUGCAAUGGGUGUCGCACUUCUGACUUUGGUUCUAUGGGCAUAUAUUAGAUAUAGUGGAGAACUUACAGAUAUUGGUGUCACUAUCGAUGAAAUUGCAAAUAUGAUAUGGAUAAAUGCAAUGAAACCAAUAUAUGAAAGUUGUAUGGAAAAAAGUAUUCAACAUGUCACAAAUCAAGCAUUCACUGCUGGAGCGACCACGGCUCUGAACUCAACUCAUGCCAAUGGAAAAGUGAAGCAGUCAUGAUACAAAGAAAUCCUGCCGG